UUUCCAUUUGUGCAGAUCAAUCGCUCAUUUUGAGGAGUUUUUAUCACACACAGGAGAUUAACACACAAUGGGGUGGAAAGCAGCUCAGAAGCUCAUACAUCACUGGAAGAUUUUGAGAGGAGAUAAUGUGAUGAUAAUAAGGGGCAAAGAUAAGGGAGCAACUGGCACUAUUAAACGUGUUAUUCGCUCUCAGAAUCGUGUUAUAGUUGAGGGAAAGAACUUGGUAAAGAAGCAUAUAAAGCAAGGGCAAGGCCAUGAAGGUGGGAUCUUUACUGUUGAAGCCCCUCUUCAUGUCUCGAAUGUUCAAAUUGUUGACCCAGUGACUCAGCAGCCUUGUAAAGUUGGAAUCAGGUAUCAAGAAGAUGGUACAAAAGUACGGGUGUCAAGAGGCAUAGGAGCAUCAGGGUCAAUCAUUCCUCGUCCCGAGAUUUUGAAGAUCAGGACUACUCCACGACCAACAAUGGCUGGCCCAAAGGAUACUCCUAUAGAGCUGGUGCUGGAGAAGACAUACGAUUCGAAAACCGGGAAAGGCAUGCCAGAUCUUUAGUUAUAGUCAAAUUUCAUCAGGGAAAGGAAAGCGUAUGGCUUGUCUGAUUUCUUUCUCUCUUGACCACAUCUUUUUAAUUAUGCAAACAUUUUAGUAGUUAUCCUACUAGAUUUCAAGCUCCGUCGUCGUUUCUGAUUCAUCCAACCCACCUUGUGUUAUAACAAAUCAUGUUAUAAGAUCGGUAUUAGAUUCGUUAGUGGCUGGUGGAGAAUGCUUCGUCAUUGCAAAACGUAGUUAAAUCCUGCAUGAAAUGAUGCCAGCAUGAAUAAGUUUCUUUACAUUAGAUGUUUGGAGCUAAAGUUUCAUAUAUUUUGUUCAUUUAUGUCAUCAACAAAUGUAUGUUACUUUUGGAAUCACAGAGUUGGAAUCUUUAUAACCGUUACAAGAUUUAACAUCAUGGUCAUUCAAGCU